AUGGAACAAGAAGAAUAUACAAAGGAGCAGAUCAAUUGGAGCUACAUCGAAUUUGUUGACAAUCAAGAUGUUUUGGACCUUAUUGAGAAGAAACCUGGAGGAAUCAUUGCUCUCCUCGAUGAAGCUUGCAUGUUUCCAAAAUCAACUCAUGAAACAUUUGCAAACAAGCUUUAUCAAACAUUUAAGAAUCACAAGCGCUUUAUUAAGCCAAAAUUGUCUCGAACAGAUUUCACAAUUGCUCAUUAUGCUGGGGAGGUAUUGUACCAGUCUGACCAAUUCUUAGAUAAAAACAAGGACUAUGUGGUUCCAGAACAUCAAGAUUUGUUGAGUGCUUCCAAAUGUUCUUUUGUUUCUGGCCUUUUUCCACCACUCCCAGAAGAGACAUCAAAAUCUUCCAAAUUUUCUUCAAUUGGUUCUCGUUUUAAGCUACAACUACAAAGCCUGAUGGAGACAUUAAAUUCUACAGAACCCCAUUACAUUAGAUGUGUCAAACCAAACAACCUUCUCAAGCCUGCAAUUUUUGAGAAUAACAAUAUUAUGCAGCAACUACGCUGUGGUGGUGUUUUGGAGGCAAUCAGAAUCAGUUGUGCUGGCUACCCUACUCGCCGUGCCUUCUUUGAAUUUAUAAACAGAUUUGGCCUCCUUGCCCCAGAGUUCAUGGAAGCAAACUGUGAUGAAAAGACUGGUUGCCAAAAGAUUCUGGAAAAGAUGGGGCUUAAAGGAUAUCAGAUUGGAAAAACGAAGGUGUUCUUGAGAGCAGGUCAGAUGGCUGAACUAGAUGCUCAGAGAGCUCAAGUACUUAGUAAUGCAGCAAAAGUUAUCCAAAGGCGUGUGCGAACCCAUCAAGCUCGCAGACAUUAUCUUGCAUUGCGAAAGAAGACCAUAUACUUGCAGUCUCGGUGGAGAGGAAGACUUGCAUGCAAACUCUAUGACCACUUGAGAAGGGAAGCUGCUGCUAUGAAAAUCCAAAAGAACAUACGCAGAUAUGAAGCUAGGAAAGCGUAUAAAGAACUUCAUGUGUCAGUACUUACACUACAAAGAGCUAUAAGGGCCACUGCUUCUCGCAAGGAAUUCAGAUUUAGGAAGCAGACUAAAGCUUCCAUCAUCAUUCAGGCUGCAAAAGAAACUGGUGCCCUACAAGAAGCAAAGGAUAAACUUGAAAAGCGAGUGGAGGAACUCACUUGGCGUCUUCAACUAGAAAAAGGUUUAAGGACCAAUCUAGAAGAAUCCAAAGCCCAGGAGAUAGCAAAACUGCAGAAUUCAUUGCAGGAGAUGCAGAGCAAAUUCGAUGAAACUAAUGCUCUGCUCAUCAAAGAGCGAGAGACUGUAAAGAAAGUUGUUGAAGAAGCACCUCCUGUCAUUCAAGAAACACAAGUUAUUGUUGAAGAUACACAGAAGAUUGAGACACUGACAACAGAAAUUGAGAGCCUAAAGACUUCACUUGAGUCAGAGAAACAGAAAGCUGAUGACUUUGAAAGAAAAUACAAUGAAGCCCAAGUUUGUAUUGAAGAAAGAGGUAAAAAACUAGAAGAGAUGGAGAAGAAGGGUCGUCAACUUCAAGAAUCAUUGACUAGGCUAGAAGAGAAGAUUACUAAUUUAGAAUCAGAGAAUCAGGUAUUACGUCAACAAGCUGUGUCCAUGGCACCUAAUAAGUUCCUUUCAGGACGUUCAAGAUCAAUCAUCCAGAGAACUGAAAGUGGUCAUAUUAUACCGGAAGCGAAGACACCUAUGGCUAAUCAGGAAAUGCAUAGCACAUCAAUGCAUCGGAGGGAACCCUCUGAUGGCUUCGAUGAUAAACCACAAAAGUCACUAAAUGAGAAACAACAAGAGAAUCAAGAGUUACUCAUUAGAUGUAUUGCACAACAUCUAGGCUUUGCUGGGAACAGACCAAUUGCUGCCUGUAUCAUAUACAAAUGCUUGUUGCACUGGCGAUCAUUUGAAGUUGAACGUACUAGCGUUUUUGAUCGAAUCAUCCAAACUGUCGGCCAUGCAAUUGAGACCCAGGAUAACAAUGACGUCUUGGCUUAUUGGUUAUCCAAUGCCUCUACACUUCUCUUGUUACUCCAGCGCACGCUCAAGGCUAGUGGUGCUGCUGGAAUGGCUCCACAACGUCGUCGUUCUUCAUCAGCAACCUUGUUUGGGAGGAUGACUCAAAGUUUCCGUGGAACUCCAACUGGAGUAAAUCUUUCCCUAGUCAAUGGUAGCGCAAGCAGAGGAGUAGAUACAUUAAGACAAGUUGAAGCCAAGUAUCCUGCACUGCUUUUUAAACAACAGCUUACAGCAUAUGUGGAAAAGAUAUAUGGAAUGAUUCGUGAUAAUUUGAAGAAAGAAAUUUCUCCCUUACUCGGAUUAUGCAUCCAGGCACCAAGAACAUCCAGAGCAAGCCUUGUUAAGGGAUCAUCACGUUCUGUUGCAAACACUGAAGCCCAGCGUGCUUUGAUUGCUCAUUGGCAGGGGAUUGUGAAGAGCCUAGGAAACUUUCUAAAUACUUUGAAAGCUAAUCAUUAUGCAGGUUCUGCCUGGGAUGAGCUCAAACAUAUUAGACAAGCAAUUGGAUUUCUGGUCAUACAUCAGAAACCAAAGAAAACAUUGGAUGAAAUAAGCCAUGACCUGUGCCCAGUCCUCAGUAUACAGCAGCUGUAUCGGAUAAGCACCAUGUACUGGGAUGACAAAUAUGGAACGCAUAGUGUGUCCUCUGAUAUAGAUAUUGCAGAUAUAGAGCCUCCGCCAUUAAUUCGUGAAAACUCUGGGUUUAGCUUUUUGUUGCCGCGUCCAGAUUGA